AUGAGCCCAUUAUCCACUUUAUCGCCUAGUUUUCUGAUGGCGAUUGAAGAAGAGGGCGAAUAUGUUGGCGUUAACCUUGACAUUAGGUGGUGCUUAGAGAAAACAUAUAGCAAAGAGCGUAAAAAGGGCAAGCGUACUCGUGUUAUUCGUAAAAAGUGUCUUGGGUCUGUAUACUGUAACAACCCUGAAUGUACCUUUUAUGAAAUCGAUCGCAGGCCUUUCGCUCUUAAGGAUAUUGCGAAGCAACCAUGUCUUAUUUGCGAUUCCAAGUUGGAAAGAGGGUUUUGCACCGUUACGGUCAACUUUAAGUUCGGUGACGGAAAGUAUAAAAUGGUGCUCAACGGAAAGCAUAGCCACAGCACAUACUUGCCUAAGCAUCUGACGGUUGCAGGGAAGUGUUGUCUUGAUGAGAAAGUUGAUAAAGAUCCUCACGUCAAAUCCAGCAAGGCUGUUGUUGGAGUUUCAUCCAGAACUGGGGAAGUUGUUCCUUCUAUAUACAACUCUGUAGGCAAGAUCUUGAUCAACAAGGACUGUGCAAAAUACGAAUUGAACAAUGCCGAGCAGAGGAUGGGUGUUUCUUCUCGCACCGGUUUUCUUGGAGAAUUCGAAAAGACUGCGGACGUAUAUGAAGGCUUCAUUUCGUCUGCGGAAGUUGCAAAACAAGCUUUCUGUGUCAUAUUUUGCUCUCCUGAGAUGAAGAAGUUUGAGUUGCUACUUAGCUCUCAACCCAUCGUGACCGAUGCCACUUAG